GCGGAGAGCAGCGAAGGAAAAGGUGUCCAUAGGAUGGAGUUAGAGCACUUGAAGAAGCUGCAGCAGGCCAACCUGGAUCUUCUCAAAAGGCUCAGAAUAAAGCAGGAAGAGAUCAGAAAAAGGCUUCCCAGAAAACUACCCUUUCCAGCAUCUUUUCAUAAAAAAACAGCUCCUGAAAUAUCUGUGCCUGUGCCGGACAGAGGGAAGGAAAAUGAAGUUGGUGCUGUAAAGACUACAACUGAUCCAGCAGUUUCGGUUUCUUUGGAGCCUAGAGCUCGUGCAGACAGGGCAGUCCUUUGCUCAUCACACAGAUGCAUGAUGCUCAGCAGGAAUGGCAGAGUGGAAAAGCAACAGCAAGCAAAGAUGCAGCAAGAAGUAGGUUCAGAUUUCAGCUUCCCUGGAAAAGAGCAAAAGGCUUUGCCAGUGUCUGCAAUUGUUAAAAGUGGCAGAGAAACAUCCGGAGGGGAUAGGGAUGACCGUACAUCAAAAAUGCCAGAGAAAAACUGCCUCCUUCUGGAAUAUGGAAAGAAUAGAAAACAAGCCGUUCUCUUACACAGUCUCCAAGAGGGAGAACAGCUUACAGCUCAUUUGGACCCUUCACUGAGCAAAAUGCAAAACGAAGAGACAAGCAAGGGUGCCUUCAUUAAAGAGCCCAUAACCCCUAAAUCAAUCCUGCUGACAUCUCGGUCCAAAGAGUUGAAGCAGAAGGAAGCUGGUCAUGUGACAUUUCAGUCUGAGCCUGUAGAAUGUACCAUCCCUGCGAGUAGUUGGUCUGCGCGUCCUUUCCUGGGUUAUGACUGGAUUGCAGGACUCCUAGAUUCAAACUCUUCAGUAGCAGAAAAAUCUGACCAAUAUUUUGCCGAGCUGAAGGCAUUUCGGCAGGCCAACAGAGAAGCAUGUGUCCAUGAACACCAUCUGCAGUCCGAGGCUCUGGAUUUUGUGUUUCCUGACCAAGAAGCAGAUUUGAUAACCAGUUCCCAUAAGUGUGUUUACUGUUACCGACUAAAUCAACGUCUCUUCACUGUCCCUGUGGAUUCAGAAUCUGCCUGCCCUGUGUGUAAGAUCCCACGAACCUACUGGCCCCCAGAGACUCAGGAAGAGCCAGCCUACGUCAGGGUCAGCAUUCCCAGGUCUACCCUUAUGCCUGCCUACAAAUACAAAGCCCAUCGCAGGAAAAGCUUCAAGCCURCUGACAGUCUGGCUUUACCCUCGCAUUGUCUGGUUGGCUGGGAAAAUGUCAUCUCUUCCAAUAACCCCACACUCAGCAGUUUGGAUCUGCGGGCUUUACUGAAGGACAAGACUUCGCACCAUCCUCAUCUGAACUUGGUGUCCAGAGUGUCAGGAGGAACYAGAACUAACCAGCUCCUAAACCUGGCCCAUUUGCUACACUUAAGAUUUAACAGUGGAGCAAGAAGGAGCAAAACAAACACGAACACUUCAGAGCAUCUCGAAUUUUAAAUACUACUACCUCAACUCUGUUAACCACUGACCUGAUUGCCUCAGGGCAAAGAAUGGGAAGAACUAAAUUCAAUUAAAAAUAAAUCCUUCAACAGGAGAUUUUUAUUUUUGUAGUCAUGCACAUCCACAAGUACCCAAAUGCCCAUAUCUGAAUGUAUAAACUUGUCCGUGUGUUUUUACCUUUUCUUUGCCUUUUGGAAGCUGCUUUAAGGAGAUGCAUGAACUUUGAUGCCUAGGGCUUGGUAAGGGGAUGUGGAAAUAAUGACUAGUACUGUUGCCACUAGGAGAGCCACAGCAAGAGCUAUGUACAGAGUUCAUCUGCCACCUCAGUGAAGUAAACCAGAAAUGCAAUGUUAAUUCUGAAAGCUGGAGUAAGGAACUGCCUAUGAGCAGCUUGGCACGAUGUGGUAUGUACCACUGUGCUCAUUUCCAAAUGUGAGUAAUGCCAAACAUUAUUACUUUGAGUAAUGCCAAACAUUAUUACUUAAUUCAUUAGACUUGAGAUACUCAAUAACUUAGUUAAAAAAACCCCAAAACUUCCUCAUGUAAGCCCAGUGUCUGUAGCUGCAGGAUUACAUUAUGGAUCUGAAAAAGUUAAAAUAGAAUGACAUUUUAUUAAUGAAAAAGUUAAUUAAUGCCUUAAAAUGUCUGCAAGUUAUGUUUACCUCUGAUUUUUCCAAUAUAUUUUGGA